UCCCUUCACUCGCUGCUCUGCUCCAAAACAGCUCCAUCCCCACUGCUGAAGGCUCUGCCCCACCAUGUGCUCCCGCGGGUCCUGCCACAGCCACGAGACCUCGUGCCAUGAGUCCCACUCCUCCUGCCAGCCGGGGCCCUCCUGCCACUACACCAUCCAGAGGCAGCCCGUGCAGAAGUUCAGCUACGUGACGCCCUGCUGCCCCCCCGUGCAGCGUUAUUGCCCCCCGGUGCAGCCCUGCUGCCCCCCGGUGCAGCGUUAUUGCCCCCCGGUCUGUCCCCAGGUCACCAAGAACAUCUGCAAGCUGCCACCGUCGUACCCCAAGUACUGAGGGCAGGAUCCGGCUCCGGGAUGCACCGGAUCGCUCCUGCCUUGGGUGCUCUCCCUGCCUAAAGCUUCAAUCGAUGGCUCUUUAUUCGCAUUUUUGAUUUGAUCCUUGAAUUCUUCAUCUGCUAUUAGAAUUUGGUUCCUGGUUUUGCUCCUAUUCGGUUUAAUUUGCUCCGCAGGCAAGACCCAGCUCAGGUUGCUUUCCAUAAGGCUGGGAGUGAUUCCUGCUGCUUUUCACCCAUGUGA